UUUCAUUUUCCUCUUUUAUUUCUUCGAUAACGUAGAAGAAAAAAGUUAUUAUGGUUUUAAAAAAUUAUUUUUAAGUAGUAAAAUGUCGUAGUUAAUGGUAUUUUACAGUUAUUCGAGUGUUCUCACGAUAUAGAACUCCUUCGGAGUCGAAGAAUGGUGAAAUAUAAACCACAUAUUGAAGGUAUUUUCGAAUAAAUGAUAUACAGUUUCCAGCUGACAUGGCACUGAAAAAAGUUCGUGGCAAUUUGGAGAGAAUGUUCGAUAAAAAUUUAACAGAUCUGGUCCGCGGUAUCAGAAACAACAAAGAUAAUGAAGCGAAAUACAUCGCGCAAUGUAUCGAAGAAAUCAAGCAAGAACUGCGCCAGGAGAACAUGUCUGUUAAAGCAACUGCUGUUGCUAAACUCACAUAUUUACAAAUGCUGGGUUACGAUAUCAGUUGGGCCGGAUUCAACGUUAUAGAAGUAAUGAGCUGUUCCAAGUUUACUUACAAGCGUAUUGGUUACCUCGCAUCAUCUCAAAGCUUUCAUGCUGACACCGAGCUUCUCAUGUUGACUACGAAUAUGAUUAGGAAAGAUUUAAAUAGCCAGAAUCAGUACGAUGCUGGAGUAGCUCUCUCAGCACUGUCGUGUUUUAUUAGCGCCGAUUUAGCCAGAGAUCUUGCUAACGAUAUAAUGACGUUGUUGACGUCUACGAAACCGUAUCUUCGUAAGAAGGCGGUGCUAAUGAUGUAUAAAGUAUUUUUACGCUUUCCCGAAGCCUUGAGGCCGGCGUUUCCUCGCCUCAAGGAGAAACUAGAAGAUCCUGAUCAAGGCGUACAAUCGGCUGCUGUAAAUGUGAUAUGCGAGUUAGCCAGGAAAAAUCCUAAAAAUUAUCUUAGCUUGGCGCCUAUAUUUUUUAAAUUGAUGACUACGUCGACCAAUAACUGGAUGCUGAUUAAAAUCAUUAAAUUGUUCGGAGCUUUGACCCCUUUGGAGCCUCGUCUCGGUAAAAAGCUCAUCGAACCUUUGACCAAUCUCAUUCAUAGUACUUCUGCCAUGUCCUUGUUGUACGAAUGCAUCAAUACAGUCAUCGCUGUUCUUAUUUCGAUAUCAUCUGCCCUACCCAAUCACAGCGCCAGCGUCCAGCUUUGCGUCCAAAAAUUACGAAUUUUAAUCGAAGAUUCCGAUCAGAAUUUGAAAUAUUUGGGAUUGUUGGCGAUGUCGAAAAUUCUCAAAACUCAUCCGAAAACCGUCCAGUCUCAUAAAGAUUUAAUUAUGCAGUGUUUGGAUGAUAAAGAUGAGUCUAUUCGAUUACGUGCUCUCGAUCUUCUCUACGGAAUGGUUUCCAAAAAAACAUUAAUGGAGAUCGUGAAAAAACUAAUGGUUCAUAUGGAUAAAGCCGAAGGAACUUUAUACAGAGACGAACUGCUUUCGAAAAUAAUCGAUAUUUGUUCUCAGAAUAAUUAUCAAUUCAUUACCAACUUCGAAUGGUAUAUAAGUGUAUUGGUAGAAUUGACCAGAAUGGAUAGCACCCAACAUGGAGCCUUGGUCGCUCAUCAAAUGCUAGAUGUAGCCAUACGUGUCCAAGCUAUUAGGAAAUUCGCCGUCGAACAAAUGGCACUGUUGCUUGAAAAUGCCCACGUGUUGACUCAACCGAGCUCUAAAAUGGUCGACGUGUUGUACGCAGCUGCGUGGAUUUGCGGAGAAUACGCAACAGAAUUGACAAAUCCGAAGGCUACGUUAUUGGCUAUGUUGAGUGGUAAAGUGAAUUCGUUACCGAAUCAUAUUCAAUCGGUUUACGUGCAGAAUAUAUUGAAGAUUUUGAGCAUCAUUCUUAAAAACGAACCCGCAGAAGAAGGAGUCGAAAUCUGUGAAACAAUAUGCAACAAGUUACCGCAAUUCGUCUCCAGUGGUGAUCUUGAAGUACAAGAACGAGCCAGUUCCGCUUUACAUUUAGUACAACUAAUUAAAGAAGAAAUUGCCGAAGGCAAUACUCAAAUUUUGGAAGAACUGAGUCAAUUAUUUAACGGCGAAUUGAACCCGGUCGCUCCUAAAGCUCAGCGUAAAGUUCAAGUACCCGAAGGAUUGGAUCUUGACGAAUGGAUCAAUGAUCCGCCAUCGUCGUCAUCUGCUGAAAGCGAAGACGAACAGUACGACGACGAAGACGCUCCUAAUAUAUUUUUAAAAUACGAUCAAGAAAAAGAAGAACAGCAGAAUAAAUACGACUACGAACCAACUGAAGAGGAAUUAGAAAAAAUGAGAAAAGCUCGUAAAUUGGAACAGGAGAAUAAUCCGCAUUAUUUGAAACAAGAUAUCAGCGAAAAAACAGUAGAUAAUGCGUUAGUUAAUAACACGGUUACGAAUACUUCGAAUGUUAUUCCAGGAUUAGCGUCAUCGGAUAAAUACCUAACGCAGAAAUCUAAAAAGAAUAAACUGAAGGAAAAAACCAAGAAAAAGAAACGCAGAAAAGACAUUAACGAAGAAGACGAAGAAAUCGAUGUCGAAGAACAACCCGAUGUCGUAGUAAACAGAGGUCGAGGAGAAAUGCCCGAGGGCGCUGAGGAUUCCGAAGGAGAUACUGACGACCAUCGUGAUCUCAAUGAUCCUCAUGCUGCUCUGGAUAUCGAUUUGGAAGAGCCUUUGAAUGAUAUCGCAUCAUUUUCGUCGUCUAAAAAAGAGAAAUCCAAGACGAAGAAACGGUCUUCUGUUCAAGAAAACGACGAAAACAAUCAUACAGGCGAUUUAUUACGCAACGAUUACCAAGUCGUUGAUUCCAAGCCCAGCAGCGGUUCGAAGACGAAAUCCAAGAAGAAGAAUAAAAAGAAGAAACACGACGCCGUCGACGAUACCAAGCAAAAGAAGAGUAAAUCGAAGACAGCUGCAAAAGUCGACGAAAGCUUCGAUCUACUGAUGCUGAAAGACGGUUACGAAGAAGCUUCCGGUAUAUCAACCCCAUCUAAGGAAAUCCUAGCGUGCAAUUCAGCGCAACAAACUUUCGCCCCUAAUUCAUAUCCAUACGUUAAAGCUGCCAAGAACAAAGUUCUAUACGUGGAUUAUACGAUCGAAUCACCUGUACAAGAUAACGUGAUCACUGUAUUCGUACGGUUGAAAAAUAUAUCAACGUCUCAUAAUAGUUUACACGUUAAAGAUAUCCAAUUAAGCGUAUCCGAUGCUUCCAACAUUCAACUAGUCAGCAAGGAAGGCGAUCCUUUAACCAAGAUUAAACUACCUUUUGAAUUAUCUUCGCAAACCAACGACGAAAUUAAAUUACAUUUCAAAGUUCGCAACAUUACAAAAGCUCAUAAAGUUUUUGCUGUGUUAUCGUAUUCUGCUUCUGUGAACGAUUCUUUCAAACGAGACGAAAUGGAACUGAAGCUGAAAAUUCCGGUUACUUCGUUAUUACUGGCAACGCCUCCGACCGAACCAUACGCCGACUUGAUCGCCAGCGGGCAGCUUACUUAUGAUUCGUCUCUUUGUUUACCUUGCGAUGAUUUCAACGAGGUGGUUGACGUGCUGUGUAGACGGUGUCGAUUAGUGUUACUAGAAAGAAUACAAGAUACAGCCUCACUAUACGGAAGCACGUCUUCCGGUCUUCAUUUAUGUUUCUUGUUGAAAUUGGAACCGAAACAACGAACCAUUAUUCUAGAUGCCAAGUGCAACUCGGAGAGUUUACUGAAGAAUUUCUUCAAAGAGAUUAAACCUUUAUUUUCUCUUUGACCGUUGUACAGUAGAUAUCAAUUUAAACUCUUUUCUAUCAUUGUUACUUAUUUUCCAUUUACAAGUUGUAUGUUAUUACGAUGGUAUAAUAUUAAAAAUGUAUUUUUUUUUCCAAAACA